AUGGAUAUUAAGGAGGACGCCCGUGUGGUUGUUGAGAAAAGCGCCAUCGCCGACCCGGCCCCUCUUGGUCUAGCGGCAUUCGCGCUGACAACGUACGUCCUCUCGUGUCACAACGCCGGCUGGGCUCCCGACAUUAUCUGGGUCGGCCUCGCGUUCUUCUAUGGCGGCCUCGCGCAGCUGCUGGCCGGCAUGUGGGAGUUUAAGAAGAACAACACCUUCGGCGCCACCGCCUUCUCAACCUAUGGUGCUUUCUGGAUGGGCCUUGCCUUCUUCGUUCUUCUCAAGCUUCUCGGUUACACGACGGUGCUUCAAGCCACAGACGUGUCUGAGGCUCUUGGCUGGUUCCUGUCGGGUUUCUUCAUCUUCAACAGCUACAUGACUGUGUGCGCUCUCAUGGCAAGCCAUGCCGUGCUGCUCGUCUUCAGCCUGCUCGAGAUCACCCUGAUGCUGCUCUUCAUCGGGAAUUUCAGCAACCAGCAUCCUGGCGAGGGGUGGAUCAAGGCUGGCGGCUACUUCGGCCUCUUCACUGCCAUUGCUGCCUGGUAUGCUUCUGGUGCGGCCUGCUUCAAUGCGAUGGCAGGCAAGACUGUUCUGUAUGUUGGUAAGCCCAUUCUCAAGUUCAGUAGGAGUGACUAG